AUGGGUCGCCAGCGAUCUGAAAGUCUUAGUUGUCAAUUGCUAAAGAAGACCAAGCUGAAGAAGGUGCAGGUAAAUGGUUGUCAGUUGAACUCCGUUUAUGAUCUUCGUGAAGACGACGAAGAAUCUUCCCACUUCUACGACGAUGACGGGGCCUUCCGAAGGCCUAGAAGUAAUAGUUCGGCUGAAGAUCACGCGUCACUCCCCUGUGGCGGUUGGGUAGCAAAAUUAGAUGCCAUUGGGAAUGGGACAAAUCCUAAAAUUCUCAUGUUCCCAAAGCGUGGAUAUCGAAAUGCUACUGUGAAACUGGAUUCGCUUUCUGACCCUUAUCGGCAGUACAUGCGAGUUGUCGACUGCUAUGAAUUAUCUCCUCCAUCUGUAAACAUUAUAGUGCUCGAUAAAUCUCUCAAGGUAGACAAGGCGUUCUCGGCAUUAUGCGAACAAAAUGUACGGGCUGGAUUAGUUUGGGAUUCUUCGCAGGAAAGGAUUUGCUCUAUUGUAACGCUGACGGAUUUCCUCGCAUAUCUUCAGAACGAUGUGGCCAAGUGGUCUUCUGUUGAGAUUGGAGCGCUUAUCUCCGGCAAUCCAUUAAUUGCAGUAUCGGCUGAUACAAAAGUGAUCGCAGCGUGUGAGGAGUUCUGUUUUAAUGGUGUUUACCGCAUAAUUGUUAAUGAACCGCACUCUGGAGACAUACUCUAUCUUCUGACAAUUAGACGAGUGUUACAGGCCAUCCACAAGCAGGUCUCAAUGGACGACACACUAAAUGAUGUCGUCGAGACACUCCUAACCCAUAAGCUUUCCUCACUGCCAGUUCUUGAUUUGAAUGGUCAGGCGGCUGACGUGAUCACCAAAAUCGACUUUGCUGUGGCCCUCAUGGAAUCUGACGAUCCACAGAGAUUCCUACGUGAGACGACCGUAUCAACCGUGCUUGGUCAUCGUCCUGCUACCGUCUUUGUGCGUCCCUGUGAUCCUGUAGGAAAAGUGUUGGAUGUACUACUGGAAGCAAAGCAUAUGCGCUGUGUGUUCGUCGUCGACGAACGUCUGAAGCCUAUCGCAUGCGUAUCUCAGUGUGACGUCAUCUCGCAUCUGAUCUACAGUGAUGCACCAUUUCAAAAGUCAUAG